AUGGCGUCGGCACCGCCGUCACAGGAGCAUCUGCAGCUCGUCUGCACCAUCCUCGCACAGACACUCGACCCCGUUGACCGCAAAAACGCCGAACAGCAACUCACACACGCGCAGUCCCAACCGGGCUUCCUCCAGAUCCUCGUCGCCGUCAUCCAGAAUGCUGCCAUCACUUCCAACGAUGCGGUGCGUCUCGCCGCUGCCAUCAAGCUCAAGAACAUCUGCAAGACCGCCUGGGACCAAGAAUCCGCCGAAGAAUCCGCCGUAGCGGCACCCGUCAACGACGCAGACAAGAUCGCGCUCAAGCAGUCCAUCAUCCCGCUCCUCGUAACCAUCUCCACCACCACAGACGGAAGGCCACCCGCCCCCACAAACGUACGAUCCCAGCUCGAAGAGGCCAUCGCCCUCGUCGCAGACAAGGACUUCCCGCACCACUGGCCCGACCUCAUGGACCAACUCGUACCCAAACUCGCAGACCAAGACCACCAGCUCGUCCUCGGCAUCCUACGCACCGCACACUCCAUCUUUUACCGCUGGAGGUCCGCUUUCCGUAGCGACGCGCUCUACAGCGAGAUCAACUACGUGCUCGCCAAGUUCGCCCUGCCCCAUCUCGAGCUGCUCACGCGCACCGACCAGCGUCUCCUCGACCCGGCAACCCCCACCGCAGCCCUGCCCGUGCUCGGCAACGUCCUCAACAUGGCCCUCCAGAUCUUCUACGACCUCUCCAGCCAGGACCUGCCGCCCCAGUUCGAGGACAACAUGCAGCCCAUCACCGACAUCCUCGCCCGCUGGAUCCAACACGCGCGUCCCGAGCUCGACCAAGACCCGGACGAGCCGUGCACCCUCCAGCACAUCCGCAGCUCCAUCUGCGAGAUCGCAGAGCUCUACGCAAAACGCUACCUCGACGCCUUCCCGCAGCUCCCCACCUUUGUCCAGGCCAUCUGGCACAUGCUCGGCUCCUGCACCCUCUCCCAAAAGUACGACACGCUCGUAUCCAAGGCCGUCGCCUUCCUCUCCACCGUCGUCCGCAUGGGCAGCUCGCGCGAGAUGUUCCAGUCCCAAGAAACGCUCGAACAGCUCUGCAGCGCCAUCAUCCUGCCCAACAUCGCCAUCCGCGAGGCGGACGAAGAACUCUUCGAGGACAACCCCAUCGAGUACAUCCGUCGCGACCUCGAGACCUCCAUGGAGGCCGACACGCGCCGCAAGGCCGCCUCGGAAUUCUGCCGUUCGCUCAUGGAGUUCUUUGCGACAGAAGUGACGUCGAUCGUGUCGAGGUACAUCGUGCAGUACCUCGACCAGUACCGCGCCGACCCCGCCGCCAACUGGAAGCAGAAGGACACCGCCAUCUAUCUGCUCACCUCGAUCGCAUCCAAGUCGUCCACCGCACAGCACGGCGUCACCGCCACCAACGAGCUCGUCGACGUCGUCCAGUUCUUCUCGGACAACGUCUAUGCCGAUCUGCAGGCGAGCGCACACGACUCGCCCAGCCCCAUCCUCCAGGUGGACGCGAUCAAGUAUCUGCACACCUUCCGCAACCAGCUCACAAAGGAGCAGCUCGUGGGCGUGCUGCCGCUCCUCGUACAGCAUCUGGAAAGCGAGCAGUACGUGACGUGCUCGUAUGCCUCGAUCACCAUCGAGCGCGUCCUCGCGCUCAAGCGCGACGGCAAGAUGCUCUUCACUCCGCAGGAUGUGCAGCCGUUUGCAGAGAACAUCCUCAUGGCGCUCUUCCGCAACAUCGAGCGCGGACAGACGCCCGAGAAGCUCGCCGAGAACGACUAUCUAAUGAAGUGCAUGAUGCGCAUGCUCGCCACGGUGCGCGAGGCGAUUGCACCCGCACACGCCGUCCUCCUCGACCACCUCGCCAAGAUCCUCACCGAGAUUGCCAAGAAUCCUUCCAACCCGCGCUUCUCCCAGUUUCUCUUUGAGAGCAUCGCGGCGUUGGUGCGCUAUACCGUCGCGGCGCAACCCGACAGCCUGGCGGCGUUUGAACAGCAGCUGUUCCCGCCGUUUACGAUGAUCCUCAGCCAGGACGUCGCCGAGUUCCAGCCGUACGUGUUUCAGAUCCUGUCGCAGAUGCUCGAGCUGCAUCCGGGUGCGGCGGGGUUGCCCGAGGCGUAUGCGUCUUUGCUGCCGCCCAUCCUCACGCCGGCGUGCUGGGAGAACCGCGGCAACGUGCCCGCGCUCGUCCGGCUCGUCAGGGCGUUCCUCGCCAAGGAUGCAGCGCGCAUCGUGGCGCAGGGUCAGUUGGGUGCCAUGCUGGGUAUCUAUCAGAAGCUCAUCGCGACGCGCGUCAACGAGGGCCAUGCACUCGAGCUGCUCGAAACGCUCUUCGAGGCUGUACCUGCCGACGCGCUCGAGCAGUACCGUCGUGCAGUGCUGACGCUGCUGCUGACGCGGCUGCAGCAGAGUCGAACCGACCGUCUGGUCAAGGGCACGAUCCAUCUCGUGGCAGCGGUGGCGCUGACGUCCAAGGGGCCCGAGUACAUUGUCGACACGUUUGAAGCGGUGCAGCCGGGUCUGUUUGGUCAGAUUGCCCAGGGCAUUCUUGCCCCCGAGCUGGCCAAUGUUGGUGAGAGGCACCGCCGCGUGGUGGGGGUGGGAUUCGGGCUGUUGCUGACGAGCGCCAAGCUGCGCGAGCCGGCCCAUGCGCCUGUGCUGCCCGUGCUGCUGUCGGCGCAGAUCAAGCUGCUGCUUACGCCCAGUUCGGCUGCGGCGCAGGAGGACGAGCUGUGGGCCAACGACGACGACAGUACCGCCGCCGCCACGUUCCAGGCUGCCUUUUCGCGGCUCGCGGCGUCCGAGACGCAGCGUGUAGACCCCACGGCGACGGUGCUCAAGGAUGCACCCGUGCACGUGUGGUUUGCGGGCAGGUUGCAGCAGAUGCAGUCCGAGCUGGGCGCCCAGUGGGAGGGCGUGUGGAACCAGGUGCCGCAGGAUCUCAGGUCGGCUUGGGCACAGCGUGUGUAG